AUGUCUGGCAAAGGAAAAGCUGGAAAGUCCGGAGGCAAGGCCGCUGGUGGUGACUCUUCCUCAAAGUCCCAGUCUCGUUCGGCCAAGGCUGGCCUUCAGUUCCCUGUCGGUCGUGUUCACCGUCUCCUGAAGAAGGGCAACUACGCCCAGCGUGUUGGUGCUGGUGCCCCUGUUUACCUCGCUGCCGUCCUCGAGUACUUGGCUGCUGAGAUCCUCGAGUUGGCUGGCAAUGCCGCUCGUGAUAACAAGAAACAACGUAUCGUGCCCCGUCACCUUCAACUCGCCAUCCGAAACGACGAGGAGUUGCAGAAACUCCUCGGCAACGUUGUCAUCUCCCAGGGUGGUGUUGUACCCCACAUUGCUCCUGAACUCCUGCCCACAAAGUCCGGCAAAUCAAAGAAGGACGAGGGUGUCAGCCAGGAGCUCUAG